AUGGGAGCCAAAGGUCACUUUUUCCGGUAUGCGGAUAGCGUGGACAUGUUCUUGAUGUUUUGGGGGACUUUGGGCAGCAUUGGAGAUGGGUUGCAGACACCUCUGACGAUGUUCAUUCUAAGCGAUGUGAUCAAUGACUACGGAAUAAUAAGAAAUUAUGAAACCUUGAGAGUUGAGAUACCCAUUGCUGCCACCAAUAUUAUUCUUGGUUGCUACUAUCAUGUCCAUUUUUUCCAGUAUGCACUCAGGCUGCUCUACGCUGCAAUUGGAGUUGGACUUUCGGCUUUUGUGGGUAUGUCGAACUUUUUGAAAGUUUAAAAGAACUGAAAUCUAGACCUCUCUCUCUUUCUCAAUGAAUCGCGUUCGACAUUUGCUCUUGCAGAAGGGCUAUGUUGGGCAAGAACAGCCGAGAGGCAGACAUCUCGAAUAAGAAUGGAGUACCUGAAAUCUGUCCUUAGACAGGACGUUGCUUUCUUUGACACCCAAACUGCUGGUACUUCAACAACCAACCAAGUUGUGACACUCCUCUCCUCGGACGCCAAUUCAAUCCAAGUUGCUUUAUGUGAGAAGAUACCCGAUUGCCUUGCUUACAUGUCAACUUUCGUCUUCUGCCACAUAUUUGCCUUCAAACUUUCGUGGAGACUUACACUGGCAGUUAUGCCGCUCUCAAUCAUGUUCAUUGCUCCAGGACUUGUGUUUGGGAAUAUGAUGAUGGGCCUGGUAAUGAAGAUGAUUGGAUCUUAUGGAGUUGCUGGUGGGAUUGCAGAACAAGCAAUUUCUUCAAUAAGAACUGUGUAUUCUUACGUGGGAGAGUGUCAUACACUAGACAGAUUCAGCCGUGCCCUUCAGGAUUCUUCGGAAUUUGGGAUAAAACUAGGCUUUGUAAAAGGAUUGCUGCUGGGGAGCAUGGGAAUUAUAUAUAUAGGUUGGGGUUUUCAGGCUUGGGUUGGGAUUUAUUUGAUUUCUGAAAAAAAUGAAGAAGGUGGGCAUGUCUUGAUAGCUGGGUUCAAUGUACUCAUGGGCGGCUUGAGUAUUUUGAGUGCCCUCCCAAAUCUGACUGGGAUUACAGAGGCAAUGACUGCUGCCUCCCGGAUCUCUGAGAUGAUUGAACGGGUUCCUACCAUAGACUCUGAAGAUAAAAAGGGGAAGGCUUUAUCACAUGUGAGAGGCGAAAUUGAAUUCAAAGACAUAUAUUUUAGUUAUCCAUCAAGACCUGAUAUGCGGAUCUUAGAAGACUUCAAUCUGAAGGUUCCAGCAGGUAAAAGAGUAGGCCUUGUUGGGGGCAGCGGUUCUGGGAAGUCCACAGUCAUUGCACUGCUUCAAAGAUUUUACGACCCAAUUGAAGGAGAUGUAAUCCUGGACGGAUACAAAAUAAGAAGACUUCAGCUGAAAUGGUUGAGAUCCCAACUUGGUCUUGUGAAUCAAGAACCUGUUCUAUUUGCAACAUCCAUUAAAGAGAAUAUCCUAUUUGGGAAAGAAGGAGCCUCAAUGGACAGUGUCAUAAAUGCAGCCAAAGCAGCAAAUGCACAUGAUUUCAUCACUAAGUUACCUGAUGGAUAUGAAGCUCAAGUUGGGCAAUUUGGAUUCCAAUUAUCUGGAGGCCAAAAGCAACGGAUUGCCAUAGCCAGAGCCCUACUCAGGGACCCAAAAAUCCUGCUGCUCGAUGAAGCCACUAGUGCUCUGGAUGCACAGUCUGAAAGGACGGUGCAGGAGGCAAUUGAUCAGGCUUCAAAAGGGAGGACAACAAUCAUCAUUGCCCAUCGCCUGUCAACAAUCAGGACAGCAAACAUGAUUGUGGUUCUACAAGCUGGCAGAGUGGUUGAGUCAGGUUCACACAAUGAGCUGAUGCAAAUGAAUGAUGGACAAGGUGGGGAAUAUUCCAAGAUGGUGGAGUUGCAGCAGGUGGCAAUGCAAAAUGAAGCUCCCAACACUCCCAGUACUCCAGUAAAAGGAAGAAGCCACCACAGAAUGAGCAUUCCCCCAAGCCCAAUCAGUGUGAGGUCAAGCACUCACAGCAGUCCAAUGUUAUAUCCCUUCAGCCAGGCAUUUUCCAUGGGCACACCCUAUUCCUACUCUGUCCAAUAUGACUCUGACGAUGAUAGUGAUCAAGAGUAUUUAAAGAAAUCUAGCUAUGCCCCUCCUUCCCAGUGGCGUUUACUGAAAAUGAACACUCCUGAGUGGGGAAAAGCUGUGUUUGGUUGCCUGGGAGCCUUGGGUUCGGGAGCAGUACAACCCAUAAAUGCCUAUUGUGUGGGAUUACUUGUAUCCUACUAUUUCCUCCCAGAAUCCGAAAUGAAGUCUAAAUCCAGAGUCUUAUCCCUCGUUUUCUUGGGUAUUGGUGUUUUCAACUUUUUCACCAAUAUCCUCCAACACUACAAUUUUGCAAUUAUGGGUGAAAUGUUGACAAAAAGGGUACGGGAGAAUCUUCUCGAAAAACUGAUGACCUUUGAGAUUGGGUGGUUUGAUCAAGAAGACAACACGAGUGCAGCCAUAUGUGCAAGGUUAGCCACUGAAGCCAGCAUGGUCAGGUCCCUUGUCGGGGACCGGAUGUCAUUGCUGGUUCAAGCAAUUUUUGGGGCUACUUUUGCUUACAUACUAAGUCUUGUGCUCACAUGGAGGCUAUCCCUUGUAAUGAUUUCGGUGCAGCCACUAGUCAUUGGGAGUUUUUAUGCAAGGAGUGUUUUGAUGAAGAAUAUGUCUGAGAAAGCCCGAAAAGCACAGAAGGAAGGAAGCCAACUAGCAAGCGAAGCAGUCAUUAAUCACAGAACUAUAACUGCUUUCUCUUCUCAGAAAAGAAUAUUGGGGCUCUAUGGUGCAACCUUAACAGGUCCUAGGAAGGCUAGUGUAAAACAGUCCUGGGUUUCGGGCUUUGGCCUGUUUAGCUCUCAAUUUUUUAACACAGCUUCAACAGCUUUAGCUUUCUGGUAUGGUGGGAGGCUCCUGACGAAAGGAGAAGUAGGACCAAAGCAACUUUUUCAAACAUUUUUUAUUUUGCUAUUCACUGCUUAUAUUAUAGCUGAAGCUGGGAGCAUGACUAACGAUUUAUCUAAAGGAAGCAGUGCCAUUCAAUCACUAUUGACUAUUCUUGACCGGAGAAGUGAGAUUGAUCCAGACAGCAAAUGGGGGAUGGAGAUUAAAAGGAAAAUAAAGGGACGGAUUGAGCUUAAAAAUGUUUACUUUUCAUAUCCAACAAGACCUGAACAGAUGAUCUUCAAGGGCCUGAGCCUUAAGAUUGAGGCAGGGAGAACAGUGGCACUAGUAGGGCAAAGUGGAUCUGGCAAAUCUACAAUUAUCGGGCUUAUUGAGAGGUUUUAUGAUCCUGUAAAGGGAUCUGUUCAUAUAGAUGAUCAGGAAAUUAAGAACUAUAAUUUGAGAAUGUUGAGGUCACAUAUAGCAUUAGUCAGUCAGGAGCCAACUCUUUUUGCUGGAACCAUACGCGAAAACAUUGUCUAUGGGAAAGUGAAUGCGACAGAGUCUGAGAUAAGAAAAGCUGCAGUUCUUGCCAAUGCUCAUGAAUUUAUAAGUGGCAUGAAUGAUGGGUAUGAUACAAACUGUGGAGAAAGAGGAGCUCAGCUAUCAGGAGGCCAGAAGCAAAGGAUAGCACUAGCUCGUGCAAUACUAAAGAACCCUGCAAUCCUUCUAUUGGAUGAAGCUACGAGUGCACUUGAUAGUGUGUCAGAGAACCUAGUUCAAGAAGCGCUUGAGAGAAUGAUGGUUGGAAGGACGUGUGUAGUUGUUGCUCAUCGGUUGUCUACUAUACAGAAAGCCAACACAAUUGCUGUCAUCAAGAAUGGAAAGGUUGCGGAACAAGGGUCUCAUAACGAACUCAUUUCCUUAGGUCAUGGUGGAGCAUACUACUCUCUCAUAAAACUACAAGGCCGCACUUCGGGAUGAACAAGGUUCCAACCUCUUUUAAAUAUAUAUAUAUAUAUAAGAGUUGUUCAUAUAAGUUUUGUGAUUAUAUGGGAUUGGGAAGGAGGCUGUACUUUGUUUCAAUUACCGUGUUAAACGGAUUAUCUUCAGGUUUGAUACACUGCUUCCAUAACAAGGUGCUUUUUUUUUUUGGUGAAAUUAACAAGAUCUAUACCUUCACAUUCCUCGAAAUAAUCAGAAGUCAUAGUAAGUUAAGCAAAGCCAAGACCAUCAGACUAAUUAAAAACCCCACCUGCGACCAACGGCAUCCAUGCUCUCCGGCGGGCCCGACUUGAGCUUGACACCCUUCCUGUAGAUUUUAGCAGCUUGAUCAUUGACUUUCACGCGUACCCGUCACCACUCACCAGCCUGGUGCCUAGUCUUGGUCAUCCACUUCCGCACAACGUGCUCGAACCUCUCUCCUGUGGCCCGGAAAACUGCCGACCCAUUUGGAGAAACCGCUCCGAAAACAGUGUCCUAUUGACUUCCACAGGCACUCCUCUAUUGCCUUUCAUGGCUCCUCAGGUAGAACCCAGGAAUGGUACUGAACAACGGCUGAGUUGUGAGAGUGACCUAUCGGGAUUGCCAAAAGAAAAGCGAGGUUGAGGGCAUCAUAACAGAUUUCCUCUCUUCCUGUUCCUAAUGUCAAGCACGAGCUCAAAGAUGAGGGUAACUGUUUGCGGAGGAAUUUAAGGUUUUGCUAUUGCCGUACCAAAUAGCAAACAACAACUGUUGUGUUGGGCGGGUGAGUUUUGUCUCCAGCCGAACUCAACUAUCCGAGUUCUCGUCGACGUCGUCGUCCAUAAGAGAUCGAGAAAUUCAGGUUGGAAAGAUAACGUUGAUGUUUUGUCCCUAUGUUAUGGCCUCUUGAGGGAUUGGGUGAAAAGGACCAGAAGAAGGGCAGUGUCGUUCGGGAUAGAGGAGUUGUCUGAAGAAGAACCGAAGAGAAGAAGAAAUGUAGAGGAAGAAGGGAAGCCGUGGCAUGAAGAAGCAG